AAGGAAGCCAGUGAGCAUUGUCGGAUGAUGUGGACAUUCAACGGGUGAAAGCUCUCUUUAGUGUCAAAGCUGUUAGCAGCCAGCAUCAAAAGAAAGAGGGACAUCGGAAGCUAUGGAACGGUGAAAGACAAUAUAUAGCGCUUGUUGCAAACAAUUAUUUGUACUCUUAUAAUCGAAAACCCGACAAUGAUGUCAGAAUGCGACCCAAACGAGACCGAGGGCGAGCCGGUGGUGAUAACGUUAGAUAUCACACCUUCGGUGGCGGUUUCCAAGCAGAACUUAUGCUCGCUUCAGCCCCCUUCGGUGUUGUUCGACAAGAACCGGGCUGGGCUCGGAACAAACCCGGGAAUCGCUGUCCGGAUAUCGGGCUCUAUGGAAAGUGUCUUGACCGAGUUAGAGACAGACGGUUCCGGGGAAGAGACGUUGUUGUUGCCUUGUCUGACAGGAAGCACAUCGUCUCCUCGAGGCGCAAGAGAGAAGAGGUCGAGGCGGAACAGAAACAGCUCUUCCUCGGAUAAGGACAACUUGGCCUCGCCAGGUAACAACGGCGGAGACUUCAACCAUUUCCCAGAGGACCCUGAGUUUGCUGACAUCAUCCAGCGGUCGGAGCAAGCCAUCGAGACCGGGGUCUUCCCUGAGAGGAUCUCCCAAGGUUCCAGCGGGAGCUACUUUGUCAAAGACCCCAAAGGGAAAAUCAUCGGUGUUUUCAAACCAAAGUCCGAAGAGCCUUACGGACACCUGAACCCCAAAUGGACCAAAUACUUCCACAAGCUUUGCUGCCCGUGUUGUUUUGGCCGGGGCUGUCUGAUUCCCAACCAGGGCUACCUCUCAGAGGCAGCUGCCUCCCUGGUGGACACCAAGCUGGGCCUGGGAGUCGUGCCCAAAACCAAGGUGGUGUUCCUAGCCAGCGAGACGUUCCACUACAAUGCCAUCGACAGAGCCAAGUCCCGGGGGAAGAAGUACGCCCUGGAGAAGGUUCCUAAAGUGGGCCGGCGCUUCCACAGGGUUGGCCUGCCCCCCAAGGUGGGCUCGUUCCAGUUGUUUGUGGAGGGCUAUCACGAAGCAGACUAUUGGCUGAGGCGGUUUGAGGCGGAGCCUCUGGCGGAGAACAUGAGGAAGCAGCUGCAGUCUCAGUUUGAAAGGCUGGUGGUGCUGGACUACGUCAUCAGAAACACAGACCGAGGAAACGACAACUGGUUGAUCAAGUAUGAGAAGGCGGGGGCCGGAGAGGGGGAGAAGGACACAGAGUGGACAGGGUCUCCAGACUCGGCCAUCAGAAUAGCAGCCAUAGACAACGGCCUGGCAUUCCCCUUCAAGCACCCAGAUGAGUGGAGAGCCUACCCCUUCCACUGGGCCUGGCUUCCCCAGGCCAAGGUGGUGUUCUCCCAGGAGACCAGGGAGCUGGUGCUGUCCCGCAUCUCCGACAUGAACUUUGUCCAGGACCUCUGUGAGGACCUCUACGAGAUGUUCAAGACUGAUAAAGGCUUCGACAAAACCAUGUUUGAGAGGCAGAUGUCUGUCAUGCGAGGACAGAUCCUGAACCUGAGCCAGGCCCUGAAGGAUGGUAAGAGCCCCAUCCAGCUGGUCCAGAUGCCCCGGGUGGUGGUGGAGAGGAGCCGCUCCGGGGGCCACGGCCGCGUGGUCACCCUGGGCAACGCCUUCACCCAGACCUUCCACUGCAAACGGCCCUUCUUCACCUCCUGGUAGGGAGGGAGGGAGGGAGGGUGGAGGAAGGGGUGGAAAUGAGGAUCUUUUAAUCCGGACCCUCCAAGGCCCUUCCCAUCUGGAUGUGAGGGAGGGCGGGGGGGUGGGAGGGGGGAAGUGUGUGUGUGAUGGGAAGAAAGGAGGAGACAGAGAGGCCAGGGACGUGACACGGGGAGCAAUGCAUCUUGGGAAGAGGGAGCUGCAGGGGACGGGCACAUCUCUGGAGAGACCUUGAGGGCAUGUGCGGUUGCCAUGGUGACUCACCUGAGAGAAAAACAGAUUCGCACUCUAUUCAGAAGAGAACGGUGUGGGGUUUUUUUGGUUUCGUUUUUUUAUCUUUUACAAUACCCACUCAAGUCUUCUACAUCAUCCCAGAAUCAAUAGUCUGGAGUGGUUUCCUUGACUCCUGCCACUCACAACAGAAGACAUUCACUUAGAGUGUAUGAUUCUAAUAGUAUUUGUAUACUGGUGUCUGAAUGAAGGAAGCUAAUCUCUGCACACAACAGCUGCAACUGCUGGCAUGGAGCCAUUUUUACCGAUACACCCACGUGCACACACACACCUUGACCUGCACAUACCAAUUAACCAACCACGUCACAUCAGGAAUGGACAAAGAGGAGCCCUCUGUGUCUUCAGCUCUCACUACUGCCAAAAUUGCUCCAAACCGAAAAAGCGGUUUACCAAACGGAGAAAAAAUCGGGAAGACAAAAAAACUUGAAUCUAUAAACUGGAAGAGGAGAGGGAGGAGGAGUGUGUUUGAAUGUAACUGUCGAUUUGUACCUGCAAUGUAUAUAGAGUUUGUGCUCCGAGACAUUUCCCAACGCAGGGGACAUGGCCGUCAGCGACACACAGCGUUUCAUCAAAGCUAAGGAUGAAUGUAUUCGUUCACUGAUUUGUAUUUUACAGCUGGGAGAGGAGGGCGUUGGCUGUGGGGGGGUGGAUUUACCUUCCCCCCCUCCAACCGCUCCUUCACUGGAUGGAUGAGAAAGACAGGAAAAUUACUUUGGGAAUGUUUGCGCCCUCGCUCUCAGUGCUGUUUAGAGUUUUCUUAUGUAUGCAUCUUGGAAGCUUUUUACUCUUGCUGAAUGAUUGUAGAAGAAUUGUAUAUUUAAUAAUGUGUUGGGCAAAAUUUCAUGAAUAAAUUUGGGAUUGGUAAAAUAUUAAAAGGUUCAUU